AGCCGAGCCGAGAGGCGGCCGGGCGGACGGUGGGCUGCUCCGGGCGGGCGGGCGGCGGAGGCGGACGAGUGACGGCGGCGUUGGGGAGACGCGCCCGGAGUGGAGCCGCCCGCGCUGCCCCCAUGUCCGUCUGCACGGUGCUCGCUCGGGCCGGCCUGCGGGCUGCGGGGGCCUCGUGGCGCCGGACAAACACCUGGCUUUUAAUUCGACGUGUACAUGACAAGAGUGCGACUUGGUGGGAUGAGCAUCUUUCUGAAGAAAAUGUCCAGUUUGUUAAGCAGAUGGUUGCUGAUGAAAAUAAAGCCCAGUUAGCAAGUAAACUGUCUCCUCUGAAAGAUGAGCCGUGGCCUAUACACCCUUGGGAACCAGGUUCCUCCAGAGUUGGUCUGAUUGCACUGAAGCUGGGCAUGAUGCCUUUAUGGACCAAAGAUGGUGAAAAGCAUGUGGUCACGUUACUUCAGGUACAAGACUGUCAUGUUCUAAGAUACACCCCAAAGGAAAAGUGUGAUGGGAAAAUGGCGAGCCUAACUGUAGGAGGAAAAACUGCAUCGCGUUUCCAUAAAUCUCCGUCUAUACUGGAUUUUUAUGAAGAACUCGGAUUGCCACCAAAACAGAAAAUUAAAACAUUUCGUGUCACAGAUAAUGCUAUAAUUAAGCCAGGUACUCCUCUUUAUGCUGCUCACUUCCGCCCAGGACAGUAUGUGGAUGUCACAGCCAAAAGCAUUGGUAAAGGUUUCCAAGGCGUCAUGAAAAGAUGGGGAUUUAAAGGCCAGCCUGCUACUCAUGGCCAGACAAAAACCCACAGGAGACCUGGAGCCAUUUCAACAAGUGAUGUUGCCAGAGUCUGGCCUGGAACCAAACUGCCUGGACAAAUGGGAAACAAAGAUAAGACAGCAUUUGGACUGAAAGUGUGGAGAAUAAACACAAAGCACAAUAUAAUCUAUGUAAAUGGCUCUGUACCUGGACAUAAAAAUUGCUUAGUAAAGGUCAAAGACUCUAAAUUGCCUGCACAUAAAGAUUUAUCUCAAAAUCUACCGUUUCCUACAUACUUUCCUGAUGGAGAUGAAGAGGAGCUACCAGAGGAUUUGUUUGAUGAGAAUGUGUGGCAGCCCAGUGCGCCUUCUCUUACCUUUGCCUAGCCUCACUGGGCACUGUAGCACAGAGGAUAUUCUGUUGGGUUUGAUAAACCAGAUAAAUACCUUUCUUCCAUAGCCACAAUAAUAGCACACUUGUCAUCUUUGCCAAAGGCAUAAACAUAGAAAUAGCACUCAUCCCUCGAGUGAAUUUUGUUAGAAAAAUUACAUAUUAAGCAAAUCAGCUAAGUAAAUUUGAUAUGCAAACAUAGAAGGAUUCGAAGUUUGCAUAUUUGCAAAAUCUUUGUCAUUUUUAUACCUCAUUUUUUUACUACAUAUUCUGCAAGUUAUCUUAAGAUGCACAUAAAUUGAACUUUUACUAAAAAAUUGUCUUUGUGAACGGGAUGCCUGUGGAACACUCUCACGUCACUUACUGAAAUUCAUUUUUAUUCUACAUUGUUAAGCCCUAGUGAGGGGGAGGAAGUAAGGACUGCAUUAAAUUAUAGAAACAUACAUGUCUGCCAGAAUAUGUUAAAGGCCAGCAGUGACAACCAAAUCCUAAGCUAGGGGUUUGAUGCAGUGUUGUUCAGAGGAAUGUUCAUCUUUAGCUUGAUUAUUUUUUCUUGAUGUCUUCCAAAAGAAUUUGAAAGAACCUACUAUGCAGCAUAGUCUUAGAAGUCCUGGCCAUAGCAACCAGACAAGAGAAAGAGAUUAAAGAAAUAAGAUGGAAAGAGAAGAGGUCAGACUGUCACUAUCUGCAGAUGCUAUGAUCAUAUACAUAGGAAAUCCAAAAGGAGCCAAUAGGACAUGCCUGGCAAAUGUCAAGCAAUAUAGUAAGGUGGCAGGCUACAAGGUCAACAUACUAAACCUGACGUUGCUGUAUGCAAACACCGAGCCAGCAGACACUCAGAAAUCAGUUCCAUUCAACACAGCAGCUUUUUGUAGCUUAAUGCUGAGACUCAUCUACUUUUUAGUUUUUUUUGCAGGAAGUGAAGGAUGUCUUCUACGGUCUUUUUUUUUUUUUUGCCUCCAAGGUUAUCGCUGGGGCUUGGUGCCUGCACCAUGAAUCCACCACUCCUGGAAGCUAUUUUUUCCCCUUUGUUGCCCUUGUUGUUUAUCGGUGGUGUUGUUACUAUUAUUGUUGUGAGGGGAAGACAGACACCUGCAGACCUGCUUCACUGCCUGUGAAGCAACUCCCCUGCAGGUGGGGAGCCAGGGGCUCAAACCGGAUCCUUAUACCGGUCCUUGUGCUUUGCACCACAUGCGCUUAACCCACUGCGCUACUGCCCGGCCCCCUCUACAGUUUAUUUCUACAGAUAAAUGUGUGAAUGGAACUUCAUUAUGGUUUAUGAUACACAAUAUAUGCCGAGAACACCGAUGGUUUUACUAUUAUUCACAGCAGUCACACAGGGUCCCCAUUAUUAAUAAAUACCAUCAGUCUGUGAGA